GCCGUCCACAUUUCUUUCUCAUUGCUCUGCCGACGACUAUUCUUUCAAUUACGUAUACGUCCGUUUAUCCGUCUAGGACAUUUCCUAUAGAGAGCAAUGUCAGCUGCUGGUGGACAUUGAGCAUUUCUUUUCUGGCAAUUUCGGCCGAAGAUUCCAGCAGGGACAAAAUUUUCACCGGGAUUUUAGGAAGGGGCGCCGAGCUCUAAGAAGACGCGCCUUUCGGGUAUAACUUGUUUUUAUUUUAAGUUCUAGCAAUUUUAGUUAUUUUAAGGGAAAAAAAUGAUUAUCAUUUCUCCUUAACCUGCAAGACAUAUUCAAUUUAAAGUACGUGAAGUUUGAUUUAACUCGCGGCUUGACCAUGGUCAGGUAGGUUGGCAUGGUGCCUUACAGGUUGCGAACGAGAGGACUUUGGCUGCGUUGCCGCGAGCAUGUUCCAGUUCCACCGCAGCUCUGCAUCCUCUGCUCACGUGCACGCAGAGGAUGCGUUCGGUGUCGCUGUGGUCCAGCAUGACGGUGUAGCGCUUUUUUUCGCCCGCGUCACUUUGAUAUUAUAAUGACAGUUUUCAAAGAAAAUCGGAAAACAGCAACAGAAAUUGACUCGUUUUUUUCCAUAAUAUAUCCCUCUCGCAUAUUUAUGGUUCAGAGAUCUUUGGACCAAUGAAACCUCACGUGGAGGGCAACUGGCCAAGGUUAUCGGACUGGCCAACAACAAAACGUGCUAUUUUAUCGGUGUAACAGAACGAAUAUAGAGCAACGCUUUAGCGCAGUUGCGUAUAUAAAAAUAACAUCCCUAAUCGUUAUCCUGAAAAUAAAAACAAAAAGUGUGAUUAAAAAUUGUGUGGCUGCACUGUAGAAGGUUUAUUGUACUAGUUCUGGAUUAAAAUAAGAAUAUAUGAACUUUGAGUAAAUAAGGUGCCCCCCUAAAAUUGAAACUAAUAUAAAUUAAAAUUAAAAUAGGCGGAUAACUGAGAAGAUGGAAAUUUGUGUAUCAAAGAUUGACGUAAUGGAACAUAACAUAAUGAAAUCCCCCUCCUUUUUGCAUUAAAAAUAUUAGGGGGGACAAACUCGUACAAAAGAAUCACUAUCUAUAGAGGUCGUUCAAGAAAUGAUAUAACAAAUAAUAUCUCUGCCCGCUGAGACCGUUUAUUAAUAUAUUAAGUUCCACGUUCUUCUUACAAGGUAACUCCCCAUCUUUUAAUUCUUUGAGGAAGAACGGACUGAGUGUAUGGCUAAUUAAUUUAAAGAAAAAGCGCAAUGAUUCGAUCUUUAAAUAGAUAAAUCGUUAAAACAAAAAACAUUUUGGUCUAGCUUUUAAUAAAUCAAAAUGUAGGUCAAACGUGAAUAAUUAUUAUUUAAAUUACUAAAUUUAGGAAAAAAUGGUAUUUACCACACCGACCCUAGAAAUUUUAAGCAUCAAAAUAAAUAAUAUAGAGAUCUCAGAAAAUCGAUGAACGUUAACUCAUAUUUAAAUUGCUUGAUUACCUUUCCAAGUGUAAAAUAUACUUAUAAAUUUAUCAUUUUUAGGAUGCGAGAAGUUCAAGCGUCCGCCUUUGCAUCUCUGUUUUUCUACGCACGUUUAGCGGUGGGAAGCGCAAUGAUGAAUGUUAUAUUCGAGCCGAGCAGCAUACGGCAGCUUGAGAUGAUGAGCAAUAGGAGCGUUAUCGUCUGGACCAACCAUUCUCAUGGCGGGAAUAUGUCCUUGUGCGCUUUUUCAUCAGUGACUGAGGUUGCUGACGUAACUGAACAACCAUUGCAAUUUGAGUUGGCUGAGCACGAGAGCCACUCGAAAUACAAAUCCAACUUUACAAUUGCUGGCAAGUUUCUCGGCUACUCAAGCGUGUACCUUCGCACCUGUGCUCAGGACGCCUCUGGAUUGGAAAUCGUGCAAAACAGAAUGUUCGUCUCGGUUAUCAAUAUGGAUAACUCAGUAAUGGACCACUUCUUCAUUGUUUCCUUGGCAAUCGUCAUUUUUACUAUUCACAUCAACUUUGGAUGCGCCCUCGACUUGGCUGUUGUUAGAAAUUCUCUGAAAAAACCCAUCGGCAUCACUAUUGGAAUUUUUUCUCAAUUUGUAUUCAUGCCUCUGAUGAGUUUCGUCGCCGCACGACUGCUAUUUCCUGAGCAGCCGGCCCUGCAGUUGGGACUUUUCUUCACCGGUUGUUCACCUGGUGGAACGACCAGCAACCUUUGGACUCUGGUGCUCGACGGCAACCUCGACCUGUCAGUCACGAUGACGGCGGUCAGCACGUUUGCUAGCUUCCUUACCAUUCCGUUCUGGGUGUUCAGUUUGGGCCACGUAAUUUUCGCCGAAGCCGAGAUCGGGGUGCCCUACAAGAGAAUGGCGUUUACCACGACCUACCUUUUUGCCCCCCUGCUCAUCGGCAUUUUCAUCCAGUGCAAAUUUCCCAAGGUGGCCAAGAUUCUCGCGAAGACUCUUAAACCACUCGCUGGUUUUCUGCUUGUCUACGCUAUCAUUGCAUCCUACCCGAAGUUGUACCUUUUAAAAUUCGUCAACUUGAGGUUGCUAGUCGCGUGCAUCAGCAAUCCGCUCCUUGGCUUCAUUUUCGGCGCACUUGUGUCGACAUUGUUCAAACAGACCGAAAAGGACAUCAUAGCCAUCUCAAUCGAGACUGGAAUUCAAAAUAUGCCAAUCUCAGUUUUGCUGUUGAAGACUGUAUUUGAACGUCCAGAAAGUGAUAUUUCAGAAGUUGUGCCUUUGUCAAUUUUCGUCGCAACCCAAGUGCCCCUGGGAUUGUUGUUAGUGAUCUUGAAGAUCUGUAAACCAAACCAAGCAACUACGAAGGAAGAAAACGAAAUCGUGUAUAUGGUUGAAGACAAUUCUGAAUUAAAGAAGAAGCCAACCAUGAUCAACUAAUAGUCACACCAAAAAUUAGCAAAAUAUCCACAACAAUCUGAAAGAGAAAUUAUAUAAUUUUCAAUCGUGUUUAACCGAAUAAAUAAUAUUAUUAACAAUUAACAGAGAAUUUUAGCCUUCAAAUUUAAUGUAAUUCUGUAACACGUUUAAAAAUAACGAUUUUCACACUGAUUUCGUAUGAAGUUGAUUCGUGUUAUAUUACCAUAAAUAAAGGUCCGCGUUAUUUGAGAAAUGGUCAUGGCGUCAAUACUGUAUUAUAAGGACUAGGAGAUGGAGGCUACAACCAUUCACAAACAGGUGAACAAGGAGAAGUCAGUUUGACCUUCAUUAUAUAUUGGCGUAGCGUAAAAAGUGUUUCUGUUUCACUGAAAUAGUGCCUUUUUUAUUUUUCACCUGUAUUUUAAAGAUGCUUUUAACAAUAA